AUGGUGGGACGUCACAUAUAUCUAUUUCUCCCUUCGGAUGCCGAACUUGAGGACUUCGAGAAGAAGAUCAAGUAUCGUUUCAGCAAUCGCGCUCUGAUACGGGAGGCACUCCAAGCCUCUAGCGCUGUCAAUGAAGAUGGCAAUAAGACUCUUGCCUUGAUCGGGGACAAACUCCUCGACGUCGUCAUUGUGACCUCUGGCCGCUCGAAGAACAAGAUACGCGGCGAUAUUUCAAACAUGAUCCAGCAGAAGGCUGGGAAUGACUAUCUCUGCAAGCAGGGAUUCGCUCUCGGCAUUGACAAGUUCAUUGUCAAAAACCCUUCCCAGUCUGACGUCGGGAAGAAGGUUAUGGCCGCGACAAUGGAGGCGAUCGUCGGGGCAGUGUUCCUCGACUGCAAUAAGCAGAUCGCACCAUGUGCCGAUGUCAUGACCGCGUUGGGUCUUUCUUGGCCUGAGUGA